AUGGAGGAGGCGGCGGCGGAGCGCGGCCGGGCCGGCGCUGGGGCGGCGGCGGCGAUGGCGGGGGGCGGCAGCGCCGCCGGGGGGGAGGACAGCGCCAGCCACAACACCAGCCACAACGACAGCCGCAACGACGGCGACAUCGCCGGCGCCUCCUCCGCCGCGUCCUCGGCGCCGCCGCGCUGCGCUCCGGAGGGCGGCGGGGCGAAGCCGCUGAGCGCGGCGGAGUACGCGCGGCGCGUGCACCAGUGGCUGUGGGACUCGUACUGCGGCUACCUGGGCUGGCAGGGCUGCCCGCCCGCCCUCAUCGCCGCCGCCGCCGCCGCCGCCGCCGCCCAGCCGCCCGCACCCAGCGCCAGCGCCGCCGCCGCCGCCGCCGCCGCCUACUACUGCUACAGCCCCUUCUACCUCUGCGCUCCGCCGCCCCCACAGGCGGCCCCCGCCGGGACGGGGCCCCGCGCCCCCGGUGCGGCCUCCCCAGCCUGGCCGGGGGCGGCGGGCGCGGUGUCCGCCGUGCCCAGGGCGGGCUCCGGCAGCGCCGCCGGCACCAGCGGCAGCGCUGCCCCCAGGGACGCGGGGCGGCCGGCAGGUCGGGAGUUCCUUAUCCCUUCGUUGGCACACAGGUUCAUAGCAGAGAUGGUGGAUUUUUUUAUUCUGUUCUUUAUAAAGGCAACCAUCAUUUUAAGUAUUAUGCACCUCAGUGGAAUAAAGGACAUCUCUAAAUUUGCCAUGCAUUACAUCAUAGAGGAAAUAGAUGAAGACACAUCCAUGGAAGAUUUGCAGAAAAUGAUGAUAGUAGCUCUCAUCUACAGGUUAUUAGUCUGCUUCUAUGAGAUAAUCUGUAUUUGGGGAGCAGGUGGAGCAACCCCAGGGAAAUUCUUGCUUGGACUGCGAGUUGUGACAUGUGACACCUCUGUACUUAUUGCGCCCAGCCGAGUGUUAGUCAUUCCAUCCUCCAAUGUCAGUAUGACAACGUCCACAGUACGAGCUUUGAUCAAGAAUUUUUCUAUUGCGUCAUUUUUUCCUGCAUUUAUUACACUGCUGUUUUUCCAGCAUAACAGAACAGCCUACGAUAUUGUGGCAGGAACUAUUGUGGUCAGAAGAAAUGGAGUCAGAUGAUACCAAAAGAUGAGAUUUCCAGACUGGUUCUGAAGAUCCCCUCCCACCCCCAGAGAAUAAAGACCUACCCCAGAAUUGAAAUUGAGGUGUCUGUUGGAAUCUUUUGCCCUAAUUAAAUGGGAACAGAUUCAGAAGCUAAAGAAAAUGUAUGGCUCCUGUAUGAUGCCAGCAGCUACCUUCAAAAUACUGGAGUUUUCAUAGAUGCCAAAGAAGUUUGGGAGAGACUAUAUGUAUUAAAUCUGGGAGUAUUAACCUCUGAUUGAUGAGACAAGAAGUGGCUGCUUUAACUGCAGAAAGGAGCUGUUCUGUUCGUCAGUCUGUGGAAAGCAGAUACCUAGAAAUACUCCACCUUAAAAGAAAUGUUGCUCCUACAGUUUUGGAUGUUGGCAGGUAACUAGAAAAUCAAGUUGUUUUCCAGGCCAUUUCCUGUCAAAGGAUAAGGGGGAAGAGAACUGCAGUAUUAGACAGCAAGGCAAAUCGUGUUCAUUAAAUUGCCACGUGUGCAGAGAGAGAGAUCAGCAGUGGCUAUCAUGUCUUUUAUUACUGCUUCACAGAUCAUAUUCCCUCACCUUUUAAGUAUUUUAUCACAAUGUUAAUGUGAAAAGUUUUUUGCAUGAUUGUCACUUACUUCACUUGUCCAUGCUAAGGAAGAGGUGAAACAAUAGCUGCUUUUUCCUCUGGGAAGGGUAUGUUACUCUGCAGUGUUAGUGAACUGGUGUGUGUAAAUAAUUUUGGAACCGUGAACAGCACAGAUCAUGCUAAUGAAAGGUAACUUUUUUUGCUUCUGUUUGGAGUGAAAGCACUUGUCUAUUUCUUGCAUAUAAUGCAGAGCAAAACAACUGAAUGUGUUCCAGGAGCAUGCAGAAAACGUUAACUGAAAUGUGUUAUGGGUGUAAAUCUGCAGAAAUACUGGUUAUUCUCACUUUAUCAUUCUGGCUAAUUGUUUGUAUAUUCAGAAUAACUUAAAUACUGAAUAAAGAAGCCUAAUAUUUUGCAUGACUACA